CAGGGGAGCGGGGCAGUGGGAGCUAGGACAGGGGCGGGACGGUGGGGAGAGGCCAUGACCCAGUCCGACUUUGGGCAGAGGGUCAGGUCUUCAUUGAGGCUCUGGGCAUCUUGCAUCGCUCCUGGGGGGAGAUCCUGAAUUCCCUGGGAGCCCCCAGCGGGGGUCAGCGGGGGAGGACUCGUGGCUCCAGCAGAGAUGUGGGGUGCAGAGGGAAAGAGUGUGCAGGGAGGAGAGGAGCGCUGGGCAGUCCCAGAAGGAGCCCCGUGUCUUCGGGCUUCUCCCGCCUUUGACCGUAGUUGCCUGUUGGAUGAAAACACCUUCACUGAGAACUUCAUGAAUCAGAUGAGCCCUCGUAAGACCUACCUGUGCUACAAGGUGGAGAUCCUGGAUGGUGACGCUAGGAUCCCUCUGGACGAGAAAAAGGGCUUCGUGCGCAACAAGGUGACUGACCCAGCCUGCCCGCAGCAGGCAGGGCCUCCCUAUUGUGGGACAUUCAGGGUAGAAGGUUGUCAGUUGCACACAGGAUGUCCCACAAGCUCUCUCACCCCUGGUCCCUGCCGUUGCUACCGCUGCUCUGCUUGGAAUCAGGGUGCUAACGAACCAGGGGAGCCCUGCCAUGCAGAGCACUACUUCCUGGACCGGAUCCGUUCUUGGAAUUUGGACCGGGAGCUGCACUACAGGCUCACCUGUUUCAUCUCCUGGACCCCUUGUGAUACCUGUGCCCAGAGACUGGCUGAUUUCCUGGGGAAGAACAGCCACGUGAGCCUGCACAUCUUCGCCUCCCGCAUCUAUAGCCUCUCCGAUUAUGAGGCUGGGCUGCGCACACUGCAGGCGGCUGGGGCCCAAAUCGCCAUCAUGACCUCUAACGAGUUUGAGCACUGCUGGCAAAACUUUGUGGACCACCAGGGAAAACCCUUUCAGCCCUGGGAUGGGCUGGAAGUAGUGAGUCAACAUCUAUGUAACAACCUGCAGGCGAUUCUCCAGACGCAGGAAAACUGAAGGAUGGACGUCAACCUCUCUAAAGAAGUCAGGAGACCUCUGUUGAACAGGAGAAAAAAACAGCUUUUUUAGAGAAAUAUAAACAUGCCAUUUGCUACCCUCUCCAGAUUGAUCCAAAGAAACCAGUGAAAGGCAAAUGGCUCAUAAUAAAGAGUUAAAAAAAAAAAAAGUCUGGGG